AUGGCGAGCGAAGCCCAAUUCGAUGCCGCCUUAGACCUCCUCCGUCGCCUCUCCCCGCUCAAGGUGUCAGAUAACCUGACAUCCAUAACAACGCUCGUUCCCGACCUCACCGAAGACCUCCUCUCCUCCGUCGACCAACCGCUGACCUCGGCGCGCUGCAAAAAGACAGGCCGGGACUACCUGUUAUGUGACUACAAUCGUGACGGCGACUCAUACCGAAGUCCCUGGAGCAACGAAUUCGAACCCCCGCUAGAUGAUGCCACAUACCCGAGCGACCGGGUACGGAAAAUGGAAGUCGAGGCGAACACGGCGUUCGAUGUGUACAGGCAGAUGUACUACGAGGGUGGGACCGGGUCGGUGUACCUGUGGGAUUUGGACGACGGGUUCGCAGGGGUAGUUCUCUUGAAAAAAGCCGUGGGUCAGGAGGCUGGGUGGGAUAGUAUCCACGUGUUCGAAGUUGACGAGAGAAGGGGCAGUGGAAGGACAUGCCAUUACAAGCUGACCAGCACCGUGAUCUUGCAUCUGGGCCGGGAUAGUGAGGGGCUGGGGUCACUGAAUCUGGCUGGGAGCAUGACCAGGCAAGUUGAGGCCGACUUGGCGGUGGAGAACGUCGGCGGACAGGGCAAAGAUGGAGGCCACGUAUGCAAUGCGGGCAGACUAAUCGAGGACAUGGAGGGCAAGAUGAGAAACAUGCUUCAGGAAGUAUAUUUCGGCAAAGCAAAGGACGUGGUAGGCGACCUGAGAAGCGUCGCUCCGUUGACGGGCGUCAAUCGGGAAAGACAGGCUCAGAGAGAUGUCAUCUCCAGUAUGGGAGGAAAGUGA